AUGGUGACAUCUUGGCCACCAAGGGGUCUGGUGGGCGGUGGUGAUGCGUAUGAUGCGGGGCGGGUGGUGGUGAUGUGCAUCAUUGUCUCAGCACUUGUCAUUCUGCCCGUGCAACUCAGCAACAUCUCCAACCUCCUCGCACACAGGCCGUAUGGUGGAAGGUUCUCAGCAGCUUCCGCCACGGGCAUGCGGUUUGUGGUGCUGACGGGGCAGCUCUCUCCACUCUCCAUCCAGCAGUUCCUUGCUGAGCUGUACCACCCACUACAUGACAAAGCUCUCAUGAUCUCCUGGCUGCGCUCAUCCUUUUCUGCACACCCGCUCACCACCACUCUCUCCGCCCCACCUCCAAACCUACUCCAAUCACCUCCCACCCCUAAUCACCUCCCUCUCCCCGUUCCCCCCUCCAGCUUUGAGCUGCGUGCUCUAAUCACGGAAUACCACGGUGCAGUGCGGUUCAUUCAGGGUUCGCCCAUGACGCUCUACGACCUGCACCGCGUUCAAAUCGCCCUCGCUUCGGCCGUCUUCAUCCUCCUCCCCUCGCUGCAAUCCGUGAGUCCUCCCACCUUCCCUCCUUUUGAGUAG